AUUAUCUUCCAACAGAAGUCAAUGUUACAAAGACUGGUGCAUCACUGAUGUGUACCACCAGCGGUGUUAAAACUUUCCUUCCACAUGACUAUAAGUGGUACCACAACAGAAUCGAAUACUCUAAAGGGCAAGAGCUGCCAGUGUUGCAGUCUACUGAGAGCUUCUCCUGUGCUGUGAAAGGCCUGCAGUCGCCGGAAGUCUGUACUGAGGAUAAGAACUGCUGGAGUGUGAAUUAUGUCCGGAAAAGAAUCUGUGCUCUGGAAGGCUCUUCAGUGAACAUUUCAAGUAAUUAUUCUUUCCCUAACAACAGCCGUCCCACGUCAAAAAUAUGGUUAAAAAAGGGCAUGGGGAAUAAAGCAAAAGAACUGCGCGAGGUUGCAGGUUGUGUGGAGUAUUAUGACAAGAACAAUCACCACAUCCUGACGAUCACUAACCUGACAAAGAAUGACUCAGCAGAAUACACAUUCAGACUCGGACAACAAGAAAACAAAUGGAAAGAGUCUGACUUUCCUGGAGUGAUGUUGGUUGUCACAGGCCUGAAUCUUAGGGUGCCUCCUGUAGUGGUGAGAGAGGGUCAGCGAGUCACACUGACCUGCAAUACCAGCUGUCCUCUGCCUGACAACACAGCCUACAUCUGGUACUUGAAAGGGCAACCUCUGGCCCAACCAAGGAACACAAAGAAACUAACAAUAAAAAAUGUCAGCCGUCAGGAUGUAGGAAACUACUACUGUGCUGUCAAGAGCGGUACAAAAAGCAUUAAAUCUGGUAAAAAAUCUCUGACUGUUGAAAGUAUUCUAGAGAAAGCAUCAGAAGCAGCAGUAGCGGCCGUUGGAGCGGCCGCUGCUGCGGGAGUCUGUGCUGUUCUCCUGGUUAUCGUACUUCUGGUUGUCUUCUUUUGGAUUAGAAAACAGAGGGCUUCGGUUCAAUCUCCUAAAGAGGAAGCAGCUGACAACACGGAGCAGCUAAACCCUGGUCAUGUGUAUGAAAACAUCUUAGCUCGACCAGCAGAGCAGGAGGAGCCUCACUAUAGCAGGGUCUACUUUUCUAAGAGGCAGGCAGAGCCCAUUUACUCCACCGUCCAAUCGCAUCAGCCCAAUCGCCAGGAGCAUGUGGAUUAUGUCAUUGUCAACUAGACCAGCACGACCCCCCCAGUGUGCAUCUCUUUCCAUUUCAACGAAUUUGGGAUGUACUUAGUGGCCUUACUCAUCUUGAUGAGUGGUAGUAUUACAACAAUCAGCAUUUCAAGGCUUUUUCCCGCCCUCCAUUUCCCCUCACUCCAUGCAAACGUGGACCAGGAGUUCCUUAAAAGUACAGAGCCUCCCAAGCAAAAGCUAAUCUCUUUGAAUCAUCUGUCAGAAAAAAAAGGCAGAGUGUUUCUGAAGAAGCAGUGACCACUCAGCUAGUACGGAACAGUGCAUGUGCUAAAAAUCUGCACAGCAAAGAAAAAAAUGUAAAAAGCCUCAGUGACACCAUCACUGUUUUUCUCUAAAAAAAAAACACAUGACACAAACUUGGAGAGGUCAAAACACCAGCAACAAUAGUAGUAUUGAAGAAUAUCUUCAGUUAGACCAAUGCGUUGUUGCUUGUGGCUUUUAUCAGGGUCAUAAUACAAAAUGCAUUCCAAAAAACAUUUAAAUAAGAAAGAAUAUACCAGUGUAUAUCUAGCCAAUCAUAUACAUCUACAUACAUCUGCUAAUGGGGUAUUUACACAUUUAUAUUUUUUAAUGGUUUCAGACUAAGUUGAUCACUUCACUAAGUAAGUUGCUGGAGUUUUGACCUCUUCAGACUUUUUUCUCUU